ACCUGUUGUAGAACUUCUUCUCCUUUCGAGUCAUCCAUCAAUGGCUAAACCCUUCUCCCUUGCCUUUCUCAUUGCCAUCUCCACUCUCUUCACGGUAUCAGCAGAAUCCAUUGAUUUUCUGUACAAUGGAUUCAACGGAUCAAACCUGAACCUGCAGGGAGCCACUGUGAUCAAACCAAGCGGCGCGCUUAAGCUCACCAACAGAUCACACAACGCAAUCGGCCAUGCAUUUUACCCCACACCAUUCCCUUUCCUCAACUCCACUUCACACAAUAAAGUUGUUUCCUUUAGUACUUACUUCGUUUUCGCUAUAAUCCCUCUUGGGAAUAACCGAGGCGGAUAUGGGUUCGGUUUCAGUUUAUCCCCGUCCAUGGGAUUCCCCGGCGGCCAAGGAGAUCAUUACCUGGGAGUCUUCAACUCCAGCAAUGACGGGCAGGAAUCAAACCAUAUUUUCAUGGUCGAAUUCGAUACUGUAAAUGGGCACAACGAGGGGAAAGACGAUGACGGGAAUCACAUCGGAAUCAACAUCAAUGGAAUGAGAUCCGUGGCAUCGAAACCGGCUAGUUACUACGUUAACGGCACUUCAAAUAUGGAAGAAGUAAAGUUACAAAGUGGAGAGCCAAUCCAAGCCUGGAUAGAUUAUGACGGGGUUAAUGAAACCGUUAAAAUUACCGUAUCUCCUAUCCAUGUCCCGAAGUCUAGCCGGCCAUUAAUGUCUGAGCAAAUAAAACUCUCGUCUGUGUUAAAGGAGAAAAUGUACGCAGGUUUCUCAGCAUCCACAGGGGAAAAGGCGAGCUCUCAUUAUAUUCUGGGCUGGAGUUUUGGCCUCAAUGGACCUGCCCCGGCCCUUAAUCUUUCUCAGCUCCCUAUUCCCCCGCCGGAGAAUCAAACAUCCGCCGGAAAAGCCAAACUCAAGAAGGCUCUCAUUGCUACUUUCUCCUCCCUCAUAUUCUUAGCCCUGGCGGUUUGGGUUUUCCUAGCUUUAUACAAAAGGGUGAGGCAUUUUGAGGUAUUGGAAGACUGGGAAUUGGAUUGCCCGCAUAGAUUUCGGUACAAAGAUCUUUACAUAGCUACCCGGGGGUUCAAAGACAACGAGCUGAUCGGAGUUGGAGGGUUUGGGACGGUGUACAAGGGCGUUAUACCCACUAAUGGAGUUGAGAUUGCGGUUAAGAAGAUAUCCAAGAAUUCCCUUCAAGGGGUGAGGGAAUUCGUGGCGGAGAUUGAGAGUUUGGGAAGGUUAAGGCACAAAAACCUAGUAAACCUACAAGGUUGGUGCAAGAACAAGAAUGAUCUUCUUCUAGUCUACGAUUAUGUCCCCAAUGGAAGCCUCGAUUCCUUACUCUACCGACCAAAAUCCAACAAUAACGUUGUGCUAACUUGGGAGCAAAGGUUUAACAUUGUCAAGGGCGUGGCAGCUGGGCUACUCUACCUGCACGAAGAAUGGGAACAAGUGGUGGUCCACAGAGACAUCAAGUCGAGUAAUAUUUUAAUAGACGGGGACAUGAAUUCCAGACUAGGCGAUUUCGGGCUAGCCAGGCUAUACGACCACGGCAAAAACUCCCACACCACCAAUGUGGUGGGGACAAUAGGGUACUUAGCCCCGGAGCUGAGCCGAACCGGGAAAGCCUCGACCGGGAGCGACGUCUUCGCGUACGGCGUUUUACUCCUCGAAGUCGCCACGGGAAGGCCGCCGGUGAUCUACAGCGAAGAUCACGGGCACGUGGCGGCGCUGGGGGAUUGGGUGGUGGAGUGUUUUCAACGCGGGAGAAUUCUCGACGCCGUGGAUCCUAAGUUGACGAGGUGUGGCUACGUUGUUGAAGAGGCGGUGUUGGUUCUUGGGCUUGGGCUUGUGUGUUCUCACCCUCGACCGGAAUCCAGGCCGGGGAUGAGAGAGGUGAUGAGGUACCUUAAUGGAGACGAAGCGUUUGGGAUUGAAGAAGCGUUGGGGUCUGUGGGAUCGAGAAGAGUGGAUGAAAUUACUUCAAAGUUUCUGGAGGUGUUUUCUACAGGCACAACUUCUAGUAGAGCAUCAUAUCGUCACUCAUCGUCCAUAGGGCAAAUCUCUACUAGUUCUUUUGAAGAUGGUAGAUAGCAAGCUUAAUUAGCUUCAUUGACAGACAGUAAUUCCUUAUAGUAUAUAUUUAGGUUUGUUGUAGCAUCGGAUAUAUAAUAUGAAGAAUAUGUAAUCCAAAAACUUACUCUCCACUUUUACUUUAUUUGUGUUCAAAUUUGAUUUGAAGAA